CCCAUUAAAUUUAUUGAUCAAUAACUGACCAAGUUACGUUACUGAACAAACCCACUGCCAAAUUACUUCUUGACUACAUUUGUUUUGGUCGGAUUGUUGACUACAUUAUUAAUAUGCUAAAAAGGUAUUCAAAGAUAAAAAAAUUAAUUAUUAAGUUUCCUUAUCUCCGUAAUUUUUACAUUAAUAUAUUGCCUUAUUUCCUUUUCUUUCUCCAUCUUUUCCAUCUUGUCAAAAUUCUCUUAUCUGUGAGCAAUUAUGAAGUUGCCUUAUUAACUUUUGCUUUUCACGUCAAUAUUUCUAUUGAGGUGUUGAAGAGUACAAUGAACUUUUCUUAUAAAUAGCAAAGCGAAGUACAAAAACUAUCAUAUAAUUGAGAAGACACAAAUCUAAAAUAUAGAAUUAUAUUCUUCCUGUUACCUUGUUUCAGAGAAUCUGCACUAUACUUCUUGUUCUUCCUUCUAUUCAUCGCCUCAUUAGGUAAAACUUCUUACAAUAAUUAUGAAAAAUUAUGCACCACAAAAAUAUUAUAAUAAUCGUAAAACAAUGAUAAAAUAUUUCUGACGGUUCUUUUUGGCCUCUCUUUGCAUUUCUCUUUAAUUAAUUUCAUGAAUUUUAUUUUGAAGCAAUCAUGUAAAUGGAUGCAUAUUAUUAGUUAAUUUAUUUCCUUACGGAAAAUUAAUUAUACUUGUUUGCUAAUUGAAAAGACGGAGACAAGAUGGUAGCAGAAGCUAAAGACUGCCACAAGACAUGGGAUUGCACCACCACUGAUAACUGCUGGGAUGACUGUAAGAGCCGCUACGGAGGGAUAGGACGUUGUGACGACAUAACUAUUCCUUUUGUUCCUAGACAGUGUUUUUGUUCUUAUAAAUGUUGAGAAGAAAGGAAAUUAUCCAUUAUGAAUCAUUCGUACUAAUAAGAGAAAAGUCAUAAAGUAAUAAUAUAUGUUAAGUGGUAACCCAAAUGUGUAUGACUGAGGGUUUUAUCAUCGAUGCAACACAAAUUAGGAGAAUGACUACACUUUUGAAAAUUUCUCCAGCCGUACUUUUGAGAUAAACCAACAAGGAUUGAAAUUUAUCACUGAGGAGAGGAUGCCGACUUUUCUAAUUAUGACAUAUUCUACCUAAUCUAGCCUAGUCCAUAUAUAAGCUAAGUCAAUUCAAUUUUGCACCUAUAGAUGCACAUAUGCAUGUGGCCAAAUGGUUCUAUGCUAUCCUAAGUAGUGAUGACAAUUUCUAACCUGACUCACGCGACUGACAUAUCCCGAUUUGUUUUGACUUGGAGUAGCAUGAGACGAGGCAAGAGAACUGCUUCUGACUUGUCCCACCACUUUCUAUCUCGAUUCGCAUCAUUAUUUACAUGUAUUUCUCCUCCCGGCCUUUCUAAAAUCAUAUUUUAUCUCGAGUAAAUUUUAAUACAUUAUAUUGCAACUAUUUAGACUUGAUUAUUCUUUUGACUAUAUUUCUCGUUCGUUUAUGAAGUGAUUUCUCAAUGUGUUCUUAUAAAAGAGUUAAAUAUUGACGUUCUUUUUCCAAAUAACAUAUAAGAUUGGGUAGAGCCGCCCCGCCCUAUACAGCUCUGGGAUUACACAACAUGACCACAUUUAGUAUGGGGUGAGUAAGGGUGUUGAGGUAUCCACCCUGUCUCAUUGCCAUCACUACUCCUACAUGUAGUCCCGGUCAAAGGUAUUUUCUUUCUCCAAAGUAUUAAGCCAUUUAGUUGCACUCCUUUUGUCACAGUGACUAGGAAAUUUGUUCUGGUACAUGUUGGUCCGCUUCUAGAAUUUGUAUGAUGUUGUAAAUUCAUUAAUUUGCUGGAGGUCGAACAAAAGAAAGAUCGUUUUCCUAUCCUCUGUUGAGGCAGAAUAUUGAGUCAUGGCGAGUCAGACUUUUGAGAUAUUAUGGUUGAGAUACAUACUACACGAUAUACACAUGUAUAUAUAUUUCUACUCCCACUUCCUUUUGUUGUAAUAGCAUGUAUGCUAUAACAAAAGAAAAACAUUUAAAAAAAUUAUGAUACUGAAAAGAGUGUCAUACCAAAAAGCAAAAAAAGUAUAGAUAUUUAUCUUUAAUCAACUCAAAAGUCAACUUAGAAGAUGAACCAAAUGAACUGAUGUUAAGAGAUCACACACUACUAUCAAAGAAACUAAAUAACCACUAGUCGGCUCUCCAGGCAAGAACACUCAACAUUUCCAUAUUUACCCCUUUGAAAAUUGUUUUUUUUGUAACAAUAUAGGUGGAGGAGGUUAGGUGGUUGUCGAUUCCGGUGAAAAGGUUUGGAGAGACGGUGAAGGUUGAGCGUUUGGUAGGCGGGAUACUAUUUUAUCUUUAAUCGACUCAAAAGUUAACCUAGAAGAUCAACCAAAUGAAUUGAUGCUAAGAGAUCACACAUUACCGUCAAAGAAACUAAAUAACCCACAUGUGAGCUCUCCAAGCCAGAACACUCAACCUUCCCACAUUUACCCCUCUGAAAAUUGCUUGCGUAACAAUAUAGGUGGAGGAUGUUAAGCGGUUGUCGAGUCUAUUGCGAAGUUUUGGAGAAACAGCGAUGGUUGAGCAUUUAAUAGACCAAGACACUAUUUAGACCCGUUUAUAUUAGUUGUGUUUUUCCAUCUGAGUUCGACAAACCAACAUCACUCAAGCUUUCCAUAUUUACCCCUCUUAAAGACACUUGUGCCCCAUAUUCACUCAAAACUUAUAUGUUUAAAAUGCUUCAGGACUUUGCUACGGUGACAUGCAUGUCACCAUAACUUGCACUUUUAGGUCGACCUUAUAUAGGAUUAUGUAGACCUAAUGUGCAGUUUCAGUUUUGUGAGGUUCAACGACGCGGUUGACCUUUUAUAGCAAAUGGUCGACCUCUUUGGGAAGCGAUGUGGGUGGUUCUUUUGCUCCUACAAAUUACGUUUCAAACCAACAGAAUUAGUCAUAAAUAAUGAUAACAAGGACUCAUAACUUCAUAACACAUCAACUAAACAAACUAACAAGAAAUACAAUAAAACACAAAUCAUAAUUGUUCACACAUAACUAAAAUCUAAAACCACAUGAUAUCAAUCCACAAUCGUUUUUAACACUUAACAAUAAAAACACACAAUCUAAAAUUGUCGAGUUCCUACUCCUGUCCCCUCUCUCCCUCAUCCACAUUUUCUUCAUUGGUGUUGCUAGCAUUAUGGUAGUCGGAAGUGACAGUGACAUGCAUGUAUCUUCCACUGAAAGAUUGAAACUCAUCCCGCAUCUCAUUCACGGUCACCUGCAAUGUGCUCAUCUGGUUGGUCAUUUGCCCCAUGUAGUCGUACAUGCCAUCCAUGUGAUUCCCAAGAGGUCGGCCAUUUGCUAUAAAUGGUCAAUCGCGUCGUUGAACCUCACAAAACUGAAACGGCAUAUUAGGUCGACCUAAUCCUAUAUAAGGUCGACCUAAAAGUGCUAGUUACGGUGACAUGCAUGUCACCAUAGGCAUACCCAAUGCUUUAUGGUAGUUAUAUUAUCUAAGUCUAUGUCAAGAAUUCUGCAUCGCUUCUACACAUUCAAUACUACAAUUUGACAUGCAAUAAUUGCACCAAUGACAUUAGGCUUGCGAUUUUAAAAUUAUUCUCCUUUUAUAAAUAUAUUAAAAUUGAAUUAAUUAUUAAAAUUGAAUUAAAAUAAUAAAAAUAUGAAAAUAGAAGCACCAAUUUAAUACCAAAAUAUAUUUAGGAGAGAGUUAGUAGCUUAGCUAACUGUGGUAGAAAAUUCCUAUGAUUUUUCAGAUUUAAACUUCCUAUAUGUUUAUAAUUUAAUGGGGGAAGCACGAAUCGACACCUUCCUACUUUAACUAUGGAUGUAGUGAUUUUGUAAUGGGGGAAGUACCUUCGCCAUUUAACUAUUAUAUUAGAUGUAGCGAAAGUAAGCCUGGUGGUUGAGCAUUUAAUGGGUAAGGUACUAUUUGGACCAGCUUACAUUAGUAGUGCCUUUUCCAUCCAAUUUGAGCAAACCAACAACACUCAAUUUAUUCUUAUUACGCUUCCAAAAAUUUCUCUGGUGUAACAAUAGAGGUAGAGGAGGUUAGCUGGUUGUCGAGUCUGAUGGAAAGUUUGGAUAGAUGACGAUAAUUGAGUGUUUAGUGGGCAGAGCACUAUUUGGUCUCAUUUACAUUAGUAGUGUCUUUUCCAUCCCCAUUCGGAAAACUAACAUCACUCAAAGUUCCCAUAUUUAUCAAUCUCUUAAAGACACAUGUGCCCCAUAUUCACUCAAAACUUAUGUGUUUAAAAAUAUCGUUACUUUAUGGUAGUUAUAACAAUUAAGUCGAUGUUUAGAAUUCUACAUCGCUUCUACACAUUCAAGAGUGCAAUUCGAUUGCAAUAUUUGGGUAAAUGACAUUUCAGUUGCUAAUUGUGGUGGAAAAGUCCUAUGAUUUUUCAGAUUUAAGCUUCCUAUAUAGUUUUAAUUUAAAAAGAUCACACAAAUAUGUUUAGUGUAACUAGUUACGUGUCUUAUCUUUUUUUAAAGAGACCACGAUAUAAAUCUCAUCACUUAUGUAUUUUUGUAAAUAAUAAAAUAAUAAAUGAUUGUGAAGACGAAUCUACUCUUCCUACUUUCACUAUGGUUUUAUGCCUGUGCGACUCUUAUUUCCCGUCCAACUACAGUUCCUAGCUGACAAUAGGAUGCAAUUUGCAGAGGUGUAUGUUGAGACAGAGGAGUUCAGGGAAACUCAUUCUCACCAGUAUUCUUAUGAUUAUGGUUUUACAUGAGGGUAUGAAUGGGGUGGUACUUCAAGCAACUACAGAGGAGGUACUUUUGCAUGAGGGGUGCCAUGUGAAGAAUACCCACAACGUAUUGAGCCUAUUCGUUGAUUCCGAAGGCAUUCAAUGGCCUGCUUGGGGGGCAGAGUGGGCUGACAUUGAGAACACAUUUGAUCUGGGUGUACUUCGCUUAAGCAAGAAAACGAUGUUGGCGGUGCAUGUAAAGAUGAUCCUCCUAGAUCGAGCUAUCCAUUCGUCUCCAACGACGAGGAAAGUGAGGAAGAUUUGAGAUCAGUGAACGAGGAGGAAGAUACGAACGACGAGGUGAUGUUCCGUGAGCUAUCUAUGCCAUACUACACAGAGACUCCAUAUUAAUUUUUAUAGGGUCAGAACGAUGCUCCCGAUUUUCUCCCUAUGCUAGUGCAUAAUCUGACAACCAAUUUGGAGGUGGGUAUGGCGUUCAGUUCGAAGGACACUAUUGAAGAUGCUUUUAGCGAAGAAGCCAUUAGGCGGAAUUUCAAGUGGAGGGUAACAUAUUAUGACGGGAAACAACUACAUGUCAUAUGCAGGAUUAAUGUUGGGGAGGGUUGUAUGUGGCAACUACGGGCUGCAAAUAUGAAGAGAAAGGGUGCUUGGAUAAUUCGCACGGUAGAGAACAACCACAACUGCUCCUCAUCCAUGCUUUCCCACGAUCACCGCCAACUUAAAGCAAAGAAAUUGGGGACGACCAUUAAGCACUUGAUCAAGGCACAACCAUAUAUCAAGAUCAAAGCUAUUAUGUCGAGGUGAAGGAUUGCCAUUCCUACACGAUUAGGUACAAGAAGGCAUGGCAUGAAAAUCAAAAGGCCAUGGAUGAGGUGUAUGAUGAUUGGGACGACUCAUACACAUUACUCCCUAGAAUAAAUGGUUUUUAUGAACCUUAUCUUGGAUGUGAUCAACAAGCCACGGGAUCGAUAUUUGCCCCGAAUUCAGUGGUGGAUGCCCACGUCCUUGGACUUCAGUCUGGGUCGGCAUGUUGAAACCCAAACGUUCAAGAAUCAACGGCCCCCAGCCUUCUUUGGUUUUUCCCGAGUGGCCGAUGAUGGCCUCUCCAAUGACCGGCAACUUGGUUAGGAUGACAAUGUCUCUGAGGGUGAACAUCAUUUUCCCCUCGAAAAAGUGGAACAUAAGUGUUUCGAGGCGCGAUUGCCUUGUCAUUGAAGUCAGCAAAUCAUUGUCGAUCUCAAUCUGCAUGCUACGACAAGAGUCGAUCAUGUAGUUCGGGCAAGCGUGUUGUCCCUCUAUGAGUGAUGGGAAGAAGUGAUUCCUACAAAAAAAAUGCAAAAAAUACCAAGUUAUUAGUCAAAGGAAAUCAAAAUAAAAAAUUUUAAAAUACUGAAAUAAUUAACAAAUUUAUAGGGUACAGAUUCUCUACCGGAUUGUUGUACCAAAUUGCACGAGAGCGAUGUGUUGUUUGCUCGGUUAGAUACUUCGCAUCCCUUGGCCCAGGAUCGAUACACAAUCAGGGAUCAUGUAUAUGGACACCCAUAGAUAAAAGAGUUUGAAUAAAAACUUUAAUAUACAGCUAAUUUUAAAAAUAAUAAAUAAAAAAAUCAAAACCAAGUGGGUGCCCUUUCAUCCUCUUCGUCCAUUUUUUUCCGAAAGCCGGAGAAAGGUUCGACAGUUUUUAGAGCGGAGGGUUGUACAAAAUAACUUUAGUAAUUCUCUCUAAUGCAGAAGAUCAGACUUAACCGCAACCACAGAGCAUACUUAGAACGAAACUAGAGUGGAGUAAUGAAGGGAGAUGGAAGAAUUGUAUGGUGGUAUGGUUGGAUGGGGGAGGGUGGAAUUUAUAUUAAAUUUCAGCAGGUCCUUCACCGCCUUCGAGAAAGACAGUGAUGGCCUUGUUAUCCACCUCAGCGAUCCGCAUCGUGGUGAGCCUCCACCGUGGUCGCCCGAUGUAGUGAAAUGAGGAUUUCCCUAAUUCGAUGGUUUGCCUUCAUCGUGUUUGUUAAAUGUAGUGAACACCCCAUUGUCCACGUCAACGAUCCGCGCCGAGGGGAUACUUCAUCGUAAUCGUCGGAUACGGUGAGACGCGGAUUUUGAUUUUCCUCCCAAAUUCAACUUCUAUAGGUGUUCCUCCGUAACUUUCUCUCUAUAAAAUCUCUAUUUUCUCUCUCCAUAAUGUCCCCCAAAUCUAGAUAAAAAAUUCUUCAUUUAUUCCUUCAGCAGGCUCCAAACGCGGCCGCGUUUUGCAGCCCGCAUUCUGAAUCAGCUAGCAUUUUUUUUCUUAGCUUUCUGUUUCACUUAUGUUCUUCUAGGGACAAAACGUGAGCUCUUCUAGACAAAACACGAUCCAGCCCGUGUUUGGUGGAGUCCCGUAUUUCUUCUCGACAUCAAAAGUGCAAUCUCCAGCUUCCAAAACACGGCCGCAUUUCUCUCCUUACUUAUCCCGCAUUUUGGUUGGCCAGACUCUGUUUGGCAUCCCUUGCUUUGGUAGGCCGCGUUUCUUCCUUCGGACUCAAUUUUGAAGUACCAAAUGACCUCCGAUUGAUCCAAAACUUUCGCGCCUAGGCCUCCCUUUACGUGCUAGGACAUGAAAUGUGACAAUUGAACUUAACCAAGCGUAAAUUAUGCUUGAGGAGUAAGAAUUCAUGCUCAAUUGACUAAUGAAUUAGGGGAUACAAA